UUUUAGAUUAAAUGGCUUCCAGAAAUGGCAGAAGGAGUCUAAGAACACCAAAACCAAACCAGAAGUAUUCCUCAUAUGUAACAGGAAAGAAGGUCAACAGGUCAGAGGAUGCAGAUUCCGAAGGUCAAAGUUCAUCAGAUUCAGAUGGAGAGGAAGUUGGGGAAAAGUCAUCACCAGACAAGUCAGUAAAUGUGACAGUUGCUACAGCAGAAACAAGCGUAAAAAGAAAGAGGGGCAGGCCAAGAAAGAUACCUCUAUCUAAUGCUUUAAACAGUGGAUCCACCACAGAAAAACAGUCAGGAAGUGAAGAAAAUCUUGGAUCUACCUCAGAAGAUCUUGGUAAAACAUCCACUCCUCAAAAGACCCCAAAGAAAAGAGGGAGGAAAAGAAAACUGAAAUCUGAUCAGGGGGCAUACGACAAAGAUGAGAACAAUCUGGAGAAGAGUUGCAUGUGGGAGUCGGUUCAACCUCAGUUACUGACCCUGGUGAAUAUCCUAAAGGAGGCUGGAAUUGAGGUGUUACUUAUAACUAACUGGCUGAGGGGGUAUACCUUCCAGUAUAACGGCUCAGAGAAGGGGGUCAGGUUCCUGGAGGAGAGGGUGGGGUUCACAGAGGAGUUCCUCAAUCAAGUUCUAAAUAACAGGGGUGAAAUGAUGAAAGAAUCUCAGAAGGGAGAGCACUCCAAGUUUAUCUGGAAGAUUGUGGAAAAACAGCUACAAAGCAUGGUGUCAGACCUGUCUUGUGUUGGCGUGGAGAGUCUGGUGCUCACCUCUGUGAUGGGGAUGGAGGAUUUUGGAUUCACGGGGUCUACUAAAGGGCUUCAGUUCCUCGGAGACCGAGUGGAGCUGAAGAAUCUCUUUGUGGCUUACUGUUCAGAUCAAGAAAUCCCAAAUGCCAAAUUCCAGCAGAAGUCCGUUUUUAUGGACUGGUACCAGUGUUUUGGAGGUGAGCCAUAUGAAGAGGAGUUCUAUGACUCUCAGAACCAUCAAUCCCCCCAGAAGGUCAAGGCUGUCAAACCAGAGGUCAAAAGGAAGAGAGUGGAGACGGCCCUAGCGAUCUCCCCCGAGGUGGAGGAGAAUCCAGUCUGUCCUGUUUGCUUAAAAAAAUUCCAAGAUGUCCAGGAGCUGAAGAAGCAUUAUCCGUCUCAUCUUAAGAAUGAGGAGUUGGAUUGUGAGAUUAGGCAGCAGACUUUCCCAGUAAAUCUUCAACAUCAGACUGAAGCUCAUGAUGAGGAAACUUCUAAAGAGAUGGAAACAGAAAUUGCAAGCGAAGGGAUAGUUGCUGAAAAUAAAAAUGAAGACAUGAAAAAUGAUGGGUUGGAACUUCAUGCUGUUGCAGAUAAUGACUUUCUGGCUGAGGUACAGGGCAUAGGUUUGGAGAGUAGUACACAGGUAGAUGAAUCAGAUUUACCUUAUGAAUUACAAAACAGUGGUGAAGUGAAGGAUGAAACAGAAGGAGCAGAGAAUAUUGAGCAGGCAAUGGAAAAUCUGAAGGAUAAUGCCAAAAGAAAGGUGAAUAUCAAGAGAGAAAAGGGUGAUGACAGUGAAGAUGAGAAUGAAGACAUCAGGGAGGAUUUGAAGGAUGGUAGAAUUAAAUGUCUGUUAUGUGACAAAACCAUGAAGAAUGAACUCAUGUUUCAGAAGCAUGUUGAAUAUCACAAUGCAAGAAAAAGUGUGGAAUGUAAAGUUGAUGGUUGUGUAAAGAAGUUCAAAAGAGCAUGGGAUAUGGAGUAUCACAUGGUCACGAUUCAUGGCUAUGUUAAAAUAGCAGCAGGGAACAUUGUACGGCCAGAGGAUGUACCACCAGGGACAAAACUGAAGAAAGUGAAAAGGAAGAAGAGGAAAGGUGACCCAGAAUCAGAGGAGGAAGAGGAGCCAUUUAAUCCAAUCAAGGCACUGAAAGGAACAGAAUGUCCAGACUGUCAUAUGAAGUUUAAAACACUGGCCAUUCUUAAGAGACACUAUGAGAUACACUUAGGGGAAAAGUCUUUUAUUUGUGAAGUCUGCUCUAAAAGUUUUCUGAGAAAGUAUGACAUGCAUAUUCAUCAGAUGAAAUGUCAUGGAUACAAAAAGUUGGGGAAAGGGAGGGUUGGGCCUCCAGAAGAUGAAAACAAGCCUGAUCAAUUUGAUGUGUCAUUGUUUGGAGAUAGGACUCAUUCUUCUGGAAAGAGGAAAACACCAUUACAUUGUGACUAUUGUGAUGUUGUUUCCCUGAAUUUGACAAAGAAAAUAGCACAUUUAGAGGAAUGUCACUCCCAAGAAAAUCCCUUCAAAUGCCCAGAGUGUGAGUUGACUUUCCCAUUGAAGAGGAAAAUGAAAGUUCAUUGGUACACCAAGCAUGCAGAAAAGAAACACAAAUGCAAUAAAUGUGACAAGACAUUCAUUUUCAAGUUCCAUUUGAGAGAUCACGAACAAAUGUUCCAUAAUGAGAAUGGGUUUUUGUGCACCUUAUGUGGAAAAAGCUUCCAUCUUCUUAGAUACCUGAAGAAACAUGAGCAAAGGCAUGAGGAAGAUUUAGCUUAUGGCAUAGAUCCCAAUGCACCCAAACUCUAUCAAUGCCAGUACUGUAAUGAAGUGUUAACUGGAAUUUCUGCCUACCAGAAUCACAUGAAACAGCACCCUGAUGUGGAGGAUAGAAAAUUUGAGUGCGAUGUCUGCCACAAAAGAUUUUUCCAACAGGGUCAUUUGAAGCGUCAUAUGUAUGUCCACGUAAUGGACAGGAACUAUGACUGCCAGCACUGUGAUAAGAAAUACAAGGAUCCAGAAACUUUGAAGAAACACCUCAUUGCUUUCCACAAUGUAAAAGAGAUGAAACGAAAGAACUAUAGGUGUGAGGAGUGUGACAAAGGUUUCUUAAGCAUGGGACACCUCAGUCGUCACAUGUUGGGACACACGGGAGAAAAGCCAUUCUCCUGUGACAUUUGUGGGAAGAGGUUCACUGAAAAGGCGGGAAAAAUUAACCACGAGCGAAUCCACAGUGGUGAGAGGCCGUUUGUUUGUAAGGUCUGCGGAAGGGCUUUUGUUCAGGCCACUCAUCUCCGUCGCCACAUGUUCCUUCAUUCACAAGUCCGUAAUUUUGUGUGUGGAAUUUGCAAGAAAAGGUACUUUCAGAACGAAGACCUGAAGCGCCAUAUGCUCACCCAUUUGAAUAAGAAAUCGUUUAAGUGCAACAUGUGUGACAAGUCCUACUACCAGUUAAGCAGCUUGAAUCAACACAUGCGCUGUCAUACAGGCAAGAAGUCUUUCCAAUGCAGUGUUUGCAAAGCUUGUUUCUCCCAGAAAAUCACUAUGAUUGUGCACAUGCGCAAACAUACUGGUGAAAAGCCUUUCAAGUGUGACACUUGUGGAAAAUGUUUUAUAAGCAAACGAAUGUGCAAAGAACACAUGGCAACUCAUGAGCAGAAAUACAUUGCCUUCACAUGUUCCAAAUGCGAAAUGGAAUUUCCAAGUGAACAUGAGCUUAAGGAACACGUGUCUGUUGCACACCCUACAGAGAAAAUGGAACAGGUUGUAAAUAUAGUGGUGACAGAAAACCCAUCAUUAAAAUCAGAAAAUACUCUUGAACCGGAAAAGGAGGACGAAGAUGAGGAUGGUGUAUUGAAUACAUGUGACAUUUGUAUGAUGAGUUUUCCAGAUGUUGAAGCUUUGGAAAAACACACAGUGGAAGACCAUAAAAGUGAGAAUGAAAAUGUGUGCGAACUUUGUCUUGGGACGUACGAAAAUCAGGAACAAUUUGCGGAUCAUUUGGUAAAAGAGCACGGACUUAUUGAGAUUGAAGAUGGAUAUUUUGUCCAGCUUCAGUCCGUACCAGUGGAAGAAAUAUCCACAGAUAGUCCAUCGAAGUAUCUGAACACGAAACACAUCACCGAGGAUGAAAUUCACGCGGAGAUCGAUGGAAAACAUAUUAUAAUUCAGAAUGUUGGUGGUCUCAUGAACAGCAAUCAAAAUGCGAUGAAUCCAAAUGUUAUAAGUACUCCAAUAGUUUCGCCUUCUAAGAAAAGCAGCACUGUUCAACUUACUCCUAAAAAGAUGACAACAAUUCAGGAGAAAGAUGGAUCCAUUUUACACAUUGUUUCUCCAUCAUAUGAAAUUCCGGCCACGCAAUCCGAAGGUCCUGUUCUUGGUGAAUUUCCCUCGCAAAUUGAAAACGCAACAGAGCUCCGCCUGAUUGAUGCCUCACAAGUCGUAGACCCAAAUCCCACUGGGCAGGUUAUUAUAGCAACCACAGAUGGUGGUAAAACUUAUUUCACUUUGCCACCUGGAACGCAGACGACAGAUAACAUUCCUAUAGAAACUUCUUCAGACGACAUUUUGCAACAGAUCACGGAAGAAGUGAUAUCCACACAAGAUUUCCAGACUGAAACGGGGAGCGAAAACGUUGAAACUACGCUGUCAGAAAUCGCAUUUGAUCAAGAUGGCGGUAUUUCUGAAUCAACAGCAGCGAACCUGGCAGCUAUGUACGGUACCGAUCGUAUCAUCUACCAAGAAGAGAGAAAUGACGGAACCGAAAUUGUUCACGUGUAUGCAGUGGUUUCCGAUGCUUGAUGCUUUUUGAACGAAAACAGUAUUCCCCUCCCAAGUCCCGUUGAAUUAUUGUGUACUUUUUGAAUAUUUGUAUUCAAUAUUGCAUAAACAUGUUAUUUAUUUUUUGUAUUGUUUUUGUGUCCAAUUGAUUGCUUCGAAAGUAAAGGGAUGAAUAAGCGACAAUUUUGUUCCAAGAUUUUUUUUGCACAGAAGUACAGGGGAGGGGGUGUAAGGAUUUAGGUACACUGUUUUUUGUUAGUAUAGAAUUUUCUAUGCAUCUUGGAUAUAUACAGCGUUGGUGAAAA